GGGAAGGAGGAGACAACAUAGAUACCUGACCCUGUAGAGAGUGGGGAAGAGAAAACUGCACUAAGAUCACACACAGUCAGUCAGAUAGCGAAGGCUGAGAGCUUUUUUUAGCGUGGCUACAAAUUUGUGUAGUGUUUUUUAUAAAAAUAAAAAUAAAUGAUAUAAUAGUAAGCUGUAUGUGUAGGGAGGCAGUGUUGGACAUUUGUUGAGAUAAAGACUGUUGCUGUUGAAAGCGAUGGCUUUAUCUGGACCAUGCUUCCAGAGGGGUUUGGAGGCUCUAUGGAGGCAAGAUGAAGAAUUUAGGGGGGAUAAGCACAAUAUAGAUCGAGAUGGAGAAGAGUGUGCAGGAGAAGUGAAAGAAAAGGAUUGUGGGGAUCAGGUGAACACAGAAGAAGAAGAUAAAGAUGAUGAAGCAUUUAGAAGGGAGGAAAACAGUCAAAUACAUCUAAAGAGAGAGACAACUGAAGAAGAGGAGGAUGAGCUUCAAGAAGUGAACAAAGAGUGGACAGCUGUUGGGGGGCAGAAAAGUGGAAUAGAGGAUGUGGAUUCAAUAAGGAUAUACAGCAGAGACUCCUAUACAAGAGACAUGUUCCAAACCCUGCAGCAGCUCAGGGACUCCUCUCUCCUCACUGACCUGACUCUGAGCACUGAGGCUGGGCAGCGUCUCCACGCACACUCCCCUGUCCUGGCUGCUGUCAGCUCCCUCGUACACCAGAGACUGCAAGAGAGGGAUGAGGAGAACGAGAGGAGAGAUGUUGACAUGUAUAUACAGACAGAGAUAUCCAUCAGUCUGGGUCCUGAGGUGGGGCUUGUGGGGCUGGCAGGGGUGCUGGAGUUUGCCUACACUGGGGCCUUAGCAGCUCUGAACAGACACACACUGGCCCAGAUACAGACUGCAGCUACAACACUAGGGGUCCCCAGAGUUCUACAACUCUGCAGUGAAGAGGAGGAGAAGAUAAAGAAGGGAUUAGAGACGAGGGCAGAAGAGAAGAAGAUCCCUGCUGAAAAACAGAUGAAGGUCAGUCUUCAGUCCAUCAGACAGUUGUGGACAAAGAGAGUGGGCUGUGAUGUAGAGCUGGAGGUUGGUGGGGCAUCAUUUCAUGUCCACAGAGUGCUCUUGUCUGCCAGUAGUGACUACUUCAGGGGAAUGUUCACCAGCGGGAUGAAGGAAUCCCAGCAGGCCUGUGUGGCUCUUCCCUUCCUGGAGGCCUCAGAGCUGGAGGCCCUGAUUGGCUACUCCUACAGCGGGUCCCUCCCCCUCAGCUGGGGGUGUGUCUUUGAGAUCACCUGCAUUGCCUUCCAGCUCCAAUUCCAGCCCGCCCUCUUGCUGUGCCUCGACUUCCUGAAACAAGAAAUGGACGCCCACUCCUGCCUGGAUGUGGCGUCUUUCGCUGAGGCUUAUGGCAUAACGGAUCUCCUUGAAGAGGCCAACGACUUUGUCCUGAGACACUUCCAAAAUGUGGCAGCCACGUCUAAAUUCCAGGACCUGUCAGUCAAGAAGCUUAGAAAAUACCUGAAAAGCAACUCCCUCUUUGUGUCCUCUGAGCUUGUGGUCUUCAAGGCAGUGGUGGUCUGGAUCGAGGCCUGUCCCAGCGAAAGGCUUAAACUCACCAAAGAGCUGAUGAAGAAUGUCCACUUUCCUCUCAUGACGUUCAAGGAGUUCGGUGAAGUUAAAACCACAAAACUGUGGACUGAAUGCAACAUAAAACGUCUCUAUCAGACAAUGCUGGAGGACUUUCACUCUUAUCACGUUGCAUCUGAGACCCUGUGCAGGGUCUACCUACCAAAGGACAGCCUAGUCUUGGUGGGUGGAGACCAGAUCUCUGCCGACUUUAUCCGGCGAACCCCUAGUCGAGAACUGUGGUUUGGGAACUCUCUGAGGAACUACACAGGCGUUGUGAAGACAGUUGAGUGGAGGUUGCUGGGAGAGAUGCCAAAUCCACCAAGGUUAAGUCACGAGUUGGCUGUUGUCGCAGGGAAGUUGUACGUGCUCGGGGGACAGAAUUAUAAAGGCAUGCUUGGCGUUCUAAACUCGGUCUACAGAUAUGAUCCGCUUCAGAACCGCUGGGAGAGAUUGGCCAACUUGCAGGAGAAAAGGUGUAAUUUUUCUGUGGUUGUUCUGGAUGAGAUGAUAUAUGCCAUUGGAGGGUACAUUGAUCCAGAGACUAACCUGGAUAGUGUGGAGCGCUACUGUCCAAAUACAGAUUCCUGGAGCUUUGCCAAACCCUUGGAUAUGACCUUGAGUUGCCAUGCUGCCACACUGUUGGAUGGAGAGGUCUUCAUCUCAGGGGGGUUCGACUGCAGGUACCACUGUCUGGUGUCCAUGUUCCUGUACCAUCCUGAGAGAGGAACUACCUACCUGGCAGAGAUGAGCCAACCUCGAGCCCAUCACUGCAUGGAGACUUUAAACAACCAUCUUUAUGUGGUCGGAGGAGUCACUGUUGAUGAAAACAUGAUGUCUAUUGACCAGCUGGCCUGUGAGGUCUACGACCCUGUUAGUGACUCCUGGAGCACCCUCACGCCCCUGGCCGUCUCCCAUGUUGGAGCAGCCUCUGUGGUUCUGGAGGGGAAGAUCUAUGUGCUGGGAGGAUACUGCCAAGAGGACUACAGGGAGACCAGACUGGUGCAUCGCUAUGAUCCCACCAUCCAACUAUGGGAGAAUAUCGGCGAGAUACCCGGACCUAACACUGACAUAAGAGCCUGUUUGCUCCACCUGCCCAAACACUUGAGACAAUGAAACAUCACUAUACAUCCCAUAACACCACACUAAAUAUUAUUCCAUUACAUGACCCACACCUUACUCCACCAGUAUUCUUAACUUCAGUAACUUAAACAUGUUUAUUUCUCUCCCUGUGCAGGCUAUAAGUGAAUUACUAACAAAACAGGAAGGGUAUUACAAUUUCAGGGUGGCUUCAUGUCCUCCUGGGAAAUGAGAAACUGGGAAGUCAUACCUCUGACAUGAAUGUGUUCACUUGACUUUGAACUGGGACAAAUUAUUCUACCAAUAAGAUUUUAGCUAGCUUGAUAAACUAGCUAAAAUUGCUAAUAAUAAAGUUAGCUAACUUGCUUAACAUUGACAUAUAUCAAACUAGCUACAUUUGCCAACAUUUGUCCAAAAUCGUUUGACAUGAAACACAACUUUUCUGUCCUUGCAUUUAUAGCAGUGUAAGUUGUUAUUUUAUCAUAUAUUAAGCAUUAAACAGUUAAAUUAGACAUUUAACUUGAACCCUGUAAAAAAUCCUAGAUCUAGCAGUCAGACAGUUUUUCUGUUAAGAUAUCAGAAACGCAGGGUACCUAUGUAACAUUUCGUGUCUCCUUAUGUUACAGGGUGGAAACAGUUUUCAUGGGCACACAAAUCCAAAAUGAUGUAUGCGAUUGCAAAAUGGAAUGCUUCUAACGAAAGAGUCACCUUAACUUGAUACUUAAAACCUAAAUUGAUACUGUCAUUAACAUGGUUCUUCAAUAAUUAAGCAUUAUACUUGGUGGAUGCUCAUUUGGUGUCCAGCUGAUUAGUUACGUUGUAAUCUCAAUCUGAUCCAGGAAAGAAUUUUCCGAAUGACAGUUUUUAGGAAAGUGGUUAAUAUUGUUAUAUGAUUAUUCUCAUUUUAUAAAGCGAAUGUCGUUGUUUUAGGGAAGCAGCUGUUGUGAUAGCGCAGGCGAUACAACAACUGCUGGAAGAAAGGUGUUUGCGAGAAAAUAAUUUUGGUGUCUCAUUCGUUAUGCAGGUGAAAACAUUUGUGCCUGGAUCCACAGUGAAUCUAAUAUCUCUAGCGAAUUGAUGUUGAUCAUCUGUUGUUGUCUGAUUGAUCUACAGCAUGGUCUCAUUCGAUUUGACAAACAAAGCAUCAAGGUAAUGAAUUUAUGUUUUCAUGUUUUUGUGCCUCAGAUUGGAAACCUAGUGUGCGCAAUUGUAUAGGAUAGACUAUUGCUCAACACCCAACGCUCUUCCUGAUCAAGGCUACAAUAUGUAACUGUAUGGGCAACCAGAUUAAAUUCACAUAGAAAUGGGAGUUAUAGAUCUGUCAUUGUCAUUGAUAACAAGUCUAAGAAAAAAGUACAAAAAAUGUAUGAACUCACCACUGUAAGUCCCUCUGGAUAAGAGCUUCUGCUAAAUGACUAACAUGUAAAUGUGAAUGCAAGAAGCGGUAGAUCUGUUGUAUGUGUUUAAUUUGGAUUUAGCCUAUUUUACGUUCAUUAUUGUACACCAGCUUCAAACAGCUGAACCCCCCUCCCCUCCCACAGAGCCGAUGUUCUGGAUGCAAUCAUCAGAAGAACGAAAGAUUACAUACAGUUUUCAUACACCACCGCACAACAGGUCAAGAGGGGUUUCUUUGCCAACAAUGGGUUCCCAGAUACAAACGAGGCAAUGAUAGGUUAUGUGAUGCGCAAAAUAUGGGGCUGACUGUGGUGGCAAGGUAGCCAGGUGGAAUGCACAACUCGUUCAUUCUGCAGAACAGCAUUGUUAGCCUAUACAUUAGCCUACACACCUACAGGAGUGAGCUGUUGAGGAUGGAUGGCUUAUUGGUGAGUGUUGCCUACUCAUCUAAAGUAUAUUUGCCAUUGCUAAAGCAAAUUGAAUUGUCUUAUUGGUCCUCUCUUUGUCCCUAUGUUUUAAUUUUUACUGGUCAAGCCACAACUGAGCGUGCCAAAUAAAUGCUGUACUCAAUCUCCGACACUA